CGACAAUAGAGCCGAAUUCAAAUUCAGAAUUCAACAUGUCUAACAGUAGCAAUAAUAAGAUUCCUAACUAUGUACAUCAGGCUGUUAUUAUGAGCGAAACUAUUAAAAAAGAGUUGAGACAUCAAAAAAUAUUCACAGAAUACAGUAUCAAUCCUUUUAAGAAAAUGUAUCCCUUAGCUGAUAAACCAAAUAGAAUACAAGAAGCUGAUGCUGAAGACAAACACUUUGCGAACGUUAUACAACGCGCUUCUUUGGAACCACCAAAAAAAUAUAUCGAACCUCAAACAGAAAAUCAGGAAUAUGGUUGGAUAAGUCAGCCACUAAUGGAAAUAGACAGGAGUGAUCCAAGGUUUUAUCAUCCUAAAGUUGCUUGUGAAAUGACGAAAUUUAUGGAUGCGUAUUGGAAACUAAAUGAACAGCGUAAAUUAAAUUCGUGAGUCUUAGAGAUAAAUGAAUAAUACCUGAUGCAUUAAAAAUACAAUAUUGUAAAACCUGAAAAUAAUUUCAUCAGAAAUAUCGUCUGAUAUCUUUCUAUUUUUCGUUUAAUAUAUAUAGUUUUAGAAUGGAUUUAUUCUUGUAAAAUCCAAUUGUUAUUAUUUUUAUGUGGAAUAAACAAACGUAUUUUCAUAUUUAGUGAGGUGAGUUGUUUUGAAAUAUAAUAAUUAUUUUAGUAAUAAA